UAAACCUUUUUGGAAGACAAAGUUCUCAACAUUGCUUUUCCCCCUCUCCCAUUAUUCUCUGAUCUGGUCUCUCUCCCUUCAAACAUGAAAAUAUGUAAUGCCAAUAAAAACGGAAUAUUUGAAUAGAAACACCACCAGUUCUUCAAAUGUCUUUGUUUUUACUUAUACUGUAUACCCUCUACUACCUUCAUAAAUGCAUGAACGAACUUUUACAGAUAAAUUUGCAUAAAGUUAUUGGAUCUCUUUUUGGGAUGGUGAUAUUGCUAAACAGUCCAUCUAAAAGAAACAAAUCUGCAUGAGAACAGGAAACAGGUGGUUUUGGAUCAAAUGAGCCCUAUGUACCAUAUUGAGAAAGUGCACAAAUAUCCUCUGUCUACUGCUCUUGUCUGUCAUGUUAUACUACAGUUGACUGCAGAAAGCAAGUGGUUCAAAUCACCUGAGGAAGGCAGCAUUGAUAAGGCAAAAUGGAUGUAAUUGGAGUGUCACGUUCAGGAAGGGUGAGAAAGAAACCAACAACGUUAAAAGACUUUGAGUCUCCAUAUGAUGUCAGAGUGAAGCGUAUAGCAGGCAGUCCCCCAAAUUUCCUUGGAAGAGGAAAGAAGCUGAGCUAUCCCACAAAUAACGAUGAUGAAACAAAUGGGAGUAUUGAAUAUGAUAUGUACAAUGUGAUAUAUGAACCGUCAAAAGUUAGUUAUUGGAAAGAUGAUGACAAUGGAGAUGAGGAUGCUAUAGAUGCUCAGGACUUGCAUAAUGCUGAUAAAAUUGAUCCACUGCUGCUUGAAAAUGCCAUUACAGAUGCACCAAUGGAAAAUUCAGAUAGUAACUUGGAUAGUGAAGUGCAAGCUGGAUCUCUUGAUACUAUUGUAGAUGAUUUAAUUGAAGUUAAGGAUGAACCUUUGGAAAUAGAUUUUUUGAGGUAUUAUAAAACUGAUGAGGAGGAUAUUGCUGAUGAAGAUGAGGAUAGGUUUGAGGAUGACCCUUUGCGUUUAGAUAAUGAGCCAGAGUUUAUACCAGUGGACACAUCAGAUUACAGCCAGAUUGAGUCAAUGAACCUACUAGCGAAUACAGGGAGGAAUGACUCCAUGACAAAAGAUAUCCCAGUUAUACAUAAGAGAAAGCUGAAGGAGCCAGGGAAAACAGUAUGGACAGGCUAUAGAUUGUGGGCCAAGGAAGCCAGGUCAGAUAUUUUAAAGACCAGCCCAAAUAUGGACUUUGCUGAUUUGAACAGAAAGCUGGGAAUGAUGUGGUCAUUGCUCUCAGCAACCAGAAAAUAUAACUGGAAACGGAGAGCAAGAAGGUUUACCGAGAAGGAAAACUCCAGUCUUCCCACAUCUCUCAGACACUCACCGGACACCUCCUAUGUCACAGCAGGAGAGCAGAAUUCAGUUUUUAUGGAAAUGGAGGAUGUUGCAAAUGCAGAAAAUGGGAAUCCUAUAUCUACUGCAAUCAGAAGGACAGUACCCUCUCUAAACUUUGUGGAUCAAGGAUUUCAACAACAUUAUUAUUGUUAGUGAAAAGGAGAAAAUUAUCCUGAGGACGAAUGCAGGAAACAAAGA